AUCCGGGCACCAUGGCGGCGGAGGAGCUGUCGGCACGACGGGGCCGGGGACCGGAGCCCGGGCCGGGACCGGGCAGCCCGGUGGGGCGGGUAGGGGGCGAGAGCUCGCCCGGGGGCGGUCGCCGAGUCUUCAGCCCCGCCGGGGAAUUCCGCGAGUUCUCCCGGAGGCAGCUCCGCGACAUGGAGCGGCUCUUCCGACAGUAUGACGCAGGGAAAGAUGGUUUCAUUGACCUGAUGGAGCUGAAGCUGAUGAUGGAGAAGCUGGGGGCCCCACAAACACACCUGGGCUUGAAGAACAUGAUCAAAGAAGUGGAUGAGGACCUGGACAGCAAGCUCAGCUUUCGAGAGUUCCUGCUGAUUUUCCGGAAGGCAGCAGCAGGGGAGCUGCAGGAGGACAGCGGGCUGCACGCCCUGGCCCGCCUCUCCGAGAUCGACGUCUCCACCGAGGGCGUGAAAGGUGCCAAGAACUUCUUCGAGGCCAAGGUGCAAGCCAUCCACGACGCCAGUCGCUUUGAGGAGGAGAUCAAGGCAGAACAGGAGGAGAAGAAGAAGCAGGCGGAGGAGCUGAAGCAGAGGAAGGCAGCGUUCAAGGAGCUGCAGUCCACCUUCAAGCAGUGACAGGGCCCUGGCACGGGGCCAGGCGGGACUGGGAAUGCUGCAUGUGCCGUGUGCCGACCGUGCCAGGAGCGAUGCCUGAGCCACGCACCACCUGUGACUCCCCAAAGGCCGGGCUGCUGACGGGCUCCCAGUCUGGGCUUGGCACAGAGCCCGCUCAGUCCCGGCUCCUUCCCUCUUGCUGUGGUGUCUGUCAGUGUUGUUCGUGCCCCCCUGCAUCCCCAGCGUGCCCCCCACCCCCAGCGAGCCCCGCAGGGCAGCAGCACCCUGUCCCCUGCCCGCAGCCGUGCCCGGGGCAGCAGUGCCCGGGCUGUUGAGUGUUGUGCAUGCACUGUGAGGUCUGCAGGACGGGGUUUUGCUGGGAUGGCCGUGCCAGCCUGGUGCCUGUUGGCAUUGCUGCGUGUGGAUGGUGGCCGAGGGCCCACAUGAGCUGUGCUCAGCAGUGGGCAGCUGCCUCUGCCUCUCUUUAUUUUGCUGAAAGACACAGAGGGAGAAGCAGCUGCUGACCUGGGAAGCUGCAGUGUGUGUGUUUGUGUUGAGUUCAGCCCUGGGGGAGGAUGAAGUGUUGUAGCCACGAGUGGUCCCUGUCAGUCAGCUGAGCCCCUGAGUCGCUGGGGGCUGUCGAGAGGCUGUGUCUGUCCUGCAGCAGCCCCCGUGCAGGAGUACUGGGGCUGGGGGA